AUGGCUGGUUCGGCUUCAGGAGUCAAAGUUGACAAUUCUGUGAUUGAGAAAUUUCACGAAUUCAAAAUCAAGAAGAACUGUGGCUAUCUCGUUCUUGGUUUCAGUGAAGAUAUCUCGAAAAUCGUUGUUCUCAAAGAAGGCCAAAACAAAGCCCCACAAAACGCACCUGCCAAUGACAAAAAUAAGAAAUGGGCAGAAAUGCUGGAAGAAUUACCAGAAAAUGAUGUACGAUACGCCGUAAUCGAUAUAUUCUACGAGACAAGUGAAGGAUCACGUGCAGAAAUCUAUUUCAUUUCAUGGGCACCGGAUAGCGCGACAAUUAAACGUAAAAUGUUGUGUGCAUCAAGUAAAGAUGCUUUGAAAAAUGCACUUCAAGCAAUUAUUAGCGAAAAAACCAAAUCCAAGUAG